AUGUACUUGGUGGUUACUCUUUGUGCCUAUUUGUACGUGGCAUGCGUUGCAGAUGCAAAUGCUGUCCGGGAAAUUCCACUAGAGGCGCAAGCGUUGAGUGGUGAGCCGCUCGUUGCUUAUCUCAGAAAAAAUCAAAACCUCUUCGAGGUAAAUUCAGAUCCCACACCAGGUUUUGAACGAAAAAUAAUGGAUAUAAGAUUCAAAUAUCAGAAUCAAGAUCUUAUUGUCAAGGAUGAUCCGGAACCUGUCGAUAAUAUUCCAGCGGAAUACGAUCCUCGAUUGAUCUGGAAAAAUUGCUCUACGUUCUAUAUCCGUGACCAAGCUAAUUGCGGCUCAUGCUGGGCUUUAUCCACUGCAGCUGCUAUUUCGGAUCGUAUCUGCAUUGCUACCGAAGCUAAAAUACAGGUGAAUAUUUCUGCCACUGACUUUAUCACAUGCUGCAGGCCAAAGUGCGGUUACGGGUGCGAUGGAGGAUUGCCUAUUAGAGCUUGGGAGUUUUUCGUAUAUGACGGAGUUGUCUCUGGAGGAGAAUACCUAUCUAAAGGUGUAUGCCGUCCUUAUCCGCUUCAUCCAUGUGGACAUCACGGAAACAAUACCUACUAUGGAGAAUGCCCUGAAGAGGCGCUAACUCCACCGUGUAAAAAGAAAUGCCAACGUGGUUACAGGAAACUAUACAGGAUGGAUAAGCGAUACGGAAAAGAAGCCUACAUUGUGAAGCCAUCGGUAAAAGCCAUCCAAAGCGAGAUACUGAAGAAUGGACCGGUUGUAGCCACAUUUGAAGCCUUUCAAGAUUUUUCGCUUUACAAAUCAGGAAUCUAUAGACACACCGCUGGUGGGUCACAAGGUUUACACGCUGUGAAGAUGAUCGGAUGGGGAACGGAAAAUGGUACAGACUAUUGGAUCAUUGCCAACUCUUGGAACAACGAUUGGGGAGAAAAUGGAUAUUUCCGGAUGAUUCGUGGGAUUAACGACUGUGGAAUUGAAGACACUAUAACUGCUGGGCUCGUCGACGUAGAAAAUCUCUAA